AUGUCUGAAUUACAACUGGAAAGUGAGAAGCAUAAAAAAAUUGGUAUGAGCAGCUGGGCAUUAAUGCAAGUAGAUGAUUUGAUGAAGUAUACUAUCUUAGAUUCAUAUACAGGAUUAGUAACUCGCAAAAUACAUCCUAUCAGUUCGUUUACUGACGAAAACAAAAAGGCUGCAGAGAAAAUUAUUUUAAAAAGAAUGGUGAUUAAUGACAAAGAAAUUGGAAAAGUAGAAGAAGCAUUGAAAACUUUAUUUCAGCAGCAUAAAUUAUAUUAUCAUUUUAGCAUCAAAUAUUCUACCUGGGUUAAUGAACCCAUGAGAUUUUAUUUAAGAACAAUAUCUUCUGAUUCUCUAGUAAAUAUUCAAGAAUGUAGGCGUUAUGAAAAUGAAAAAAAUGGUCUCAAACUCAUUGCCAAAACAGAUAUUGAUAAGAAUGUUAAAAUAAGAUGUUUAGCAGGAAUUUAUAAAACUAUGGAUACGAAAAGAGAAGAUUUGUUAAGAGAACGAAAACUUAACUUUUCAAUUAUUCAAAGGACAAGAAAUAAUGAUCCAGUACUGAUGUUAGGAACUGCAGCACUAGUAAAUCAUGAUUGUUAUCCCAAUUGUAUAUAUUUCACAGUUUCGAAACAUCUUUUGAUUAUCUUAACUACUAGGAAAAUAAAAAAAGAUGAAGAGUUAGUCACAUAUUAUGGUCAAAAUUACUUUGGACCCAAUAACAAAGAAUGUCAAUGUGCUACAUGUGAAAUGAAUGAUAAUGGUUUUUUUUCUGGAGGCAAAAACAGAGAAUUAAACAUUGUCCAAAAUAAUGAAUAUGUAAUUAAUAAUAAAUUGCAUAAAAUUAACGUAAGAGAAGUUAAUUUUGUUUCUAACAAGAUGGAUUUCCAAUCAAAAAUUGCCAGCAUACCUUCUAGCGUGCACCAAAGUAGUAGUGGUUGCAAUCUACAUGAAAGCCAAAGUAUUGUUCAACAAAUUGAUGAAAACAAUGUAGAACAAUUUAAGAAUGAGCUCGUUAUUAAAGACUGCACCAUUCAACAAAUUGAUCCUAAGCAUAUUCAUAUGCCUGAUGAAAUCUCAAGCUUUUAUUCAAACAGUAAACUAGAGAGUAAAUCUAGUUUCGAUAAGGAAUCUGUUGAAAGCUCUCCUAAAAGUUAUUCUGCUUUAGAUAUGAAAUCUGAUAUGACACUAUGUGGCACCAUCGGCGAUUUUGUUUGCAAUUCACUGUAUCAAAAAUGCUGA